UCCGCUCUGGUCAGCAGUCCACGCCUCCGCGCUGCUACAGUGUUGUUGGAGGAGCCGAACAGGAGCUGCUCUCAUCGAGGUGUGAGUCUGUCUGCCCUGUGAUGGAAAGGCAACAAUGUGGACUGGACAGAGUGUUUCCUGUCUUCCGCCCAGUGAGCACUGGGGUAGGCUCCAGCACCCCUGCGACCCAGGAGGAUAAGCGGCUUAGAUGAUGAAAAUGAAUGAUGUCCUGUUACAAGUCUUCUUCUGCUCCUGGUGUCCGCUUUCCUUUACACGUUAAGUUUACCUCCACAAACACAAUUUUUUGAACCAGCAGUAAGAUGUCGGACUGAAUUCAGGAAAAAUGAAGCGUGAAAAUGUGGAAUCCAAACCAAGCUCCAGUGUUCAGCAAAUAUCCACUAAUAUUCUCCACACUCAGAAAACUACUGGUGAGGGGAAGACUCACCACUGCUCAGAGUGUGGGAAGAGUUUUACUCAAAAGGUUAAUCUCAAAAUACACCAGCGCAUUCACACAGGAGAGAAACCAUACUAUUGCUCAACUUGUGGAAACAGUUUUCGUGACAGAUCUACUUUCAGAACACACCAGCGCAUCCACACAGGAGAGAGGCCAUAUUGCUGUUUGGACUGCGGAAUGAGUUUUGGUGACAGAGGUACUUUCAGAAGACACCAGCGCAUCCACACAGAAGAAAAACCGUAUCACUGCUUAGAGUGUGGGCAACGUUUUAGAAAAACAGACUGUCUCCGAAACCAUCAGCGCAUUCACACAGGAGAGAAACCGUAUAACUGCUCAACGUGUGGAAGAAGUUUUCGUGACAGAUCUACUUUCAGAUCACACAUGCGGAUUCACACAGGAGAAAAGCCGUAUUACUGCCCAGAGUGUGGAAAACAUUUUCGCGACAGAUCUACUUUCAGAAAACACCAGCAGAUUCACACAGGAGAGAAGCCACAUCACUGCUCAGAGUGUGGAAAGAGUUUUAGUCGACUGACUAGUUUCCAACAACACCAGCGCAUUCACACAGGAGAAAAACCGUAUUAUUGUUCAGGCUGUGGAAAGAGUUUUGCUCAGUGGAGUACUCUUAAAAUCCACCAGCGUAUCCAUACAGGAGAGAAACCAUAUCACUGCUCAGACUGUGGGAAAAGAUUUACUAAAAUGUGUCAUCUUAAAACACACCAGCGCAUUCACACAGGUGAAAAACCGUAUCGCUGCUCAGAGUGUGGGAAAAAAUUCACUAAACCAUGUCAUCUCCGAAGACACCAGCGCAUUCACACAGGAGAGAAACCGUAUCACUGCUCGGAGUGUGGGCGGAGCUUCAGGCACUCAAACACCUUAAAGACGCACAAAUGUUUUCAGAAAGAUGUGAAAAUUCAAGACAUUCUGGGAGAUGUGGAAGUUUUUUGUAUCGGAACACAUGAUUUUCAUUGAGGUAUUUCUGUUUGCUUCACACAAGUGAUAUAACCUGUAUAUGUGUGGGAUUUAAAUAACUUCUAAGGAAGGUAGACUGUAAUUGUUACAUG